AUGUAUCCCCAGGUGCAGGCUCCUCCUCCACCGAGAAACCCAUACUAUGCGCCUAAUACUCUCACUCGGAUAUUCCUCCCGUUUGGUAAGACAGUGCUGAGGAGGCAGGCAAUAGACACCUGUGAGUGCACUGCGAGACUCGUUGGCAAUGUGCUUUGGCUGCCGCUCGGCUUGGUGUUAUGCAUCUACCAUAUGGCGUUGGGGUUGGUCUGUUUUGUGACUAUUAUUGGCAUACCAUUCGGCGUGCAACAUUGGAAGUUUGCGAUGAUGGCAUUGUGUCCGUUUGGGACCGAUACGUCGAGUGAUGCCCUCCAGGAGCAUUCUCAGUAUGUUGUCGUUGUACUACCCGAGGUUGAGCUCUCUAUUAUGCGUGAUGCCAACUGA